AUGGCGGUGGCGGGGAGCGACUUCGCGAUAGUGGCGGGCGACACGCGCCUGUCCACGGGCUACAGCAUCUACACGCGCUCCGCCUCCAAGAUCUUCCGCAUGUCCGCCCCGCUCCCUGCUCUCCCGCCCCCCGACCUCUAUCGCUCAUCUCCUUCUCCCCGCUCCUAUUGCUCCUCCGCCCACGUCGCCCUUAUCCCCACCACCCUCUCUCUCCUCCCCUACCUUCCUCAACUCCCUCUCCCCCUCACUCCCUGUUCGCCUGUUGGUCUGUUCCCACAGCUACUCCUUUUUCCAGCUGUGUGUCGCUGUGCUGUGGAAUUCAGCCUCUCUCUUUCCUUUCUCUGCCUCUGUUGCCUCUCAGCGUCCCUUCCCGCCCCCUUUGCCUUGCGUCUUCCUCCCAACCCCUCAUGCGCUGCACCCUUCCCCCUUAACCUCCGUUGCACUGCGCAUUCCCCGUCCCCGCUCCCACCCCACUUGCCCUGCGCCUCCCCUUUUCUUCUCCCACCCACCCCCACACCUUUCCGCGCGCCCGUGCCCCGCAGCUCGGACCGCUGUGUGCUGCUCGGACCGCUGUGUGCUGGUGAGCUCGGGCUUCCAGGCGGACCGGCGCAUGCUGCAGAAGGUGCUGCACCAGCGGCACGAGGUGCGCAUGGGGGGCCGGACAUGUGGGGAGCGGGCAUGGUGGGGCGGACAUGGGUGGUUGGACAUGGGGGUCGGGAAGGGCAUGGGGGGCGGGCAGGAGGGGCUGGGCAUGGGGUGGAAAGGUUGAUGGCAUGGGGGGCGGAGGCUGAUGAUACUACAGAGGCUGCUUGCUGCGUGGCAGUGGGGCACACGAGUCCCCUGAAUCUGGGCUGUGCGGUGUACCAGCAGCAGCACAACGAGGAGAUGGGGUGCGAGGCGAUGGCGCAGCUGCUGGCCAACACGCUCUACUACAAGCGCUUCUUCCCUUACUACACCUUCAACGCCCUCGCUGGAUUGGAUGUUAAUGGAGUGGGGUGUGUGUACGGGUACGACGCAGUGGGGUCGCACGAGCGCCUGGGGUACGUGGUGCACGGCACGGGGCAGCAGCUCGUCGUGCCCGUGCUCGACUCCCAGCUCAAAGCCGCCAACCCCCUCGUGCUGCCGCCCCAGCCACUGGCAACAAAGCUAUCACAGGAGGAGGCGGUAGACCUCAUCAAGGACACCUUCGCCUCCGCUGCAGAGCGCGACAUCUACACCGUGCGUGCCCUGCCCCCUGCCCCCCCCCUGCCCCCCUAG